AUGGCGUCUCUGGGUCUUUUGUUUUUGAUGAUUCCGAUGUUGCUUCUUGUUGGGUCAUCAACUAAGUUUCAAGCUGAGGCAAGGCAAUAUGAUGUUGGUGGGAGAGAAGGGUGGGUGGUGAAGCCCUCUGAAGACUACAAUCACUGGGCUCAGAGAAACAGAUUUCAAGUCAAUGACACUCUCCAUUUCAAGUACAACAAAGGCAUUGAUUCAGUUGUGGUGGUGAAGAAGGAGGAUUUUGAUUCAUGCAACAUCAACACCCCCAUUCAAAAAAUGGACGAUGGAGAUUCAAUUUUCCCACUUUCCAAUUCGGGUCUCUUUUACUUCGUAAGUGGCAACCUUGACAACUGCAAAAGUGGUCAAAAACUCGUUGUUCUUGUCAUGGCUGUGAGACAACCUCUUCCUAAGCCUGUGCCGCCGCCGGCAAGCAUCCUGCCACCGCAGACAAGCACCAUGCCGCCGCAGACUGUUCCGGCAACCGGAUUGACCUCUCCGGUGCUGCCUCCGUCGGACAAAUCAUCCUCAGGGAGGGUUGGUGUGACUGUGGGUUUGGGAGUUUUGCUUGGUUUUUUGUUGUGUGGGUUUGUUGGGUUGGAUUAG